CUGCAUUAUGUAAAUGAUCUGAAAGCUUAAUCAACAUGUCAAUUCCUUUCGCCGUUAUCGUCAACCUAAUUCCAAUAUACUCGGCAUUCUUUCAUUCUUUUCUUUUCACGUAAUUACUCCUCGCUCACACAAUCACUAUUUCAUAUAUGAAAGCACAUGAAUGGGCGCUUGAGAUUGAUAACGAAAAUGAAGAAGAGUGGCGAGGAAAGGGAUCUGAGCGCUUAUGUAUAUCUAAAUUGGUAUUUUGAGGCUCGAGCCUGGACCGUGGCUGCGGGAGAUGCAUGCGAGAUUAUCAGUGGGACUGGAACAUGGGGCUGCAGUGACACGGGAGGGUGACCUGCGUGAACGGGAAAAAAGUGUAUACUGGUUGGAGAUGAGUUUGGGAAAGAAAGGCAAAGAGACAAACAAGCAAAAAUGAUUCACAUCACCCGCAGCAGAUUUAUGGAGAACGUGGGGGUGGAUUUGUAUGGAAAAUGCGUGCAAUUUAAGGGUGGGUCUUUCUUUGGGAUGCGUGCCUCAAGUGGAAAUGGACUUUUGGUGAUCAGUGGGUGGGCUAAGCUGGUGGGUGCGGGACGAAAGUUCGAUGAUUGGGAUGGUUGUAAAAAUUGGCGGUGCGUCCUCGCGGUGUGGAAUAUGCACGUUUUCAUGACCAACUUCAUUCGGCCAUUACAUCAUUGAAAUCAGAGUUUUUUCGAUACUCACUAUCUUUUACUGUUGAAUCCGCCGUCACAGGUCCCUCUGGUCAGAGUUUCGACUAGAGAUAAUAGCAAAAAUGGCCGGGCUGCCCUACAUACCUAUGCUGGAGUCUCUCGAGGUGUCAAGACGAACGCCGAAGAGUCAACAGGAUCUCCGAAGCAGCACCGACCUGUCGUCUUUUAUCAGGAUUUACUAUUCGAACAGCCCUGGAGGCAUUGUAUCUCCUCGCGCCGAUUAAUAACUUCAGGGCAAGGAAUACAUUUUCCAUGCGGAGAACCAAUUUCAACAUCAACCCAAUUGCGGAGACGUCUCAAUUGAGUUUACUUUCUGAGAC